AUGCCCAAGGGUCAACGACGGGUCAAGAAUGCGCAGCCACAUCCCGACCCGCCGCCCGCCCUUGCGAGCCGCCCAUCGCCUUCCAUUUCAACUUCGGAUUCGUCGGAAACAGAAGACCAACCGAAGUACAGCGAAGUGCACGACGAAGACUCACUAGGGCCAUCGGCGUCGCGUCCUGGGUCUCCGUCGCAGCGAGCGCACGCCAACGAUGUUGAAAUGGCUGUGGACACAGAGGACAGCGUUACGUGUCUGUGGGAUGAUUGCGGGGUGGUUUUUGUACACUUGCCAACGUUGAUUACGCAUAUACACGAAAAGCAUAUUGGUGUGCACAAAUCCAAUUAUACAUGCGAGUGGACGUCAUGUGUGCGCAAGGGGUUGCCACAAACAUCUCGUUUCGCACUGAUAUCACAUAUACGUUCGCAUACUGGCGAAAAACCAUUCAUAUGCGAAUUACCUGAAUGUGACAAGUCAUUCACGCGUUCAGAUGCCCUUGCCAAACACAUGCGCUUACAACACAAUAUAUCACCCCCUGCACCAGGAAGAGGAGGUUCUCGCAAGAGGAAACGGGGUCCAGAUGAUGAGCACACUCACGGUACUUCAACACCAGUUGCGUUUGUUUAUUCUGUUUCCUGGGAGGCCAUCGAUGACGCCGGUAAUGAACUGACUCAAGAAUACCUUAAAUCACGGGGUAGAUUAGGCGUCAAUGGCCGUCAGCGCCGUCAGCCGCGUCCAUCUCAGCUCAAUUCACAAUAUGCUCCCUCACCCGAAGGUGGCGAGGAAGAAGACGAGGACUCAUCGUCUUCCGAAGACAUCCUACCGCCACAUCUUCAGGAGCACUUCGACGAAUCAACGGGUCUUGUAUUAGGCCGGACGCCUGCCAAAGCAAUGUACCUUUGUAUGAAAGCCAAACAGCGGUUUGCCAUGGAGGAGCACGAAAAAUUGGUCGAACAACUCCGUGAAGCCAAAAAUAUCUUGAAAAGGGAGAAGGAGGAGAAGGAAGGAGCGUUGGACCUAUUAUUACGACGAAUGCUUGGACCGGAAUCUGGCAUGCUUAUUCCUUCACCUCCAGAAAUGUCUGUUGCUGCGUCUCAGGAUUCUUCCCGCCACGAUAGCAUAGCACCUGGUCCCAUCUCUGCAACGCCAGACUAUCACAACGGGUCACACUAUCGACGCCAGGAGGGACCAUCUUCAGCCCGUCGGGGUUGGUCCUACGCUGUGGCAAAGAGCUAA